AUGAAGUUUAUCGCCGUCACCCUCGCUCUCGCCGCUGCGGCGCUCGCCCAGGACACCCCGUCCACCAGGAUCCCGGAAUGCGCUAACUCGUGCGUUACCCAAGCUACCAGCGGCAACAAGAUCGCCGGCUGCAACCAAGGCGACAUCAAGUGCGUCUGCUCCAACGACUCCUUCCUCGACUCCAUCGCCUGCUGCCUCGUCGACGUCUGCGACGAAGCCGGCCAAAAGGCCGCCGUCUCUUUCGCCCUCGCCCUCUGCAGCGGCGCCGGCGUCUCCGUCCCCAGCGAGGUCGUCUGCAAGACGGCCGGCGGUAAUAGCGACAGCGCUUCCAGCGGCGCUCCUGCCAGCGGAUCUGCUACCGAGUCCGGGUCGGCUGCUACUGGCACCACUAGCGGCGCGGCGGGUUCUACCCCUUCGAGCACCGAGUCUUCGGCUCCGACGUCUUCCGGCGCUGCUGGUGUUGUUGGUGCGCCGGUGGGUGGGCUUCUUGGAGGUGUCCUUGCUGCCCUCGCCCUUCUGUAA